UUGAAGUUGCUUUAGCUAAAGCCAAACAAAACCCUAACUGGGCAGAUGUUCUUUCUGCCCGACUACUGGUGACCUUCACAGAACUAAACUACCAACUGAUGCUCCACCACAACACCUUGACUCCUGCUGACUUCCAGCGCAGGUGGACCAACACUCUGUAUUACCUGAGCUUAUGCAGACUGAUGACUGAGCGGCUGAAUGACUGCUGGUCAGAGAACGUAGACCUCAAAGUAAACCUGAGUCUGGAAGCUCAGCCGGUGCAUAUUCUGGACCCAAGUCCAUGGCAGAUCUCUGGAGCAGGAAGCAAGCUUCUUUCGGGGUCACACACUGGAAUUCAGGCUCUCAUAAAAACCCAGGAGUGCGUCUUUGAUCGGUCGUCGCUGGCUCUCCGGCUGGCAUCUCGAGCUGUGUCUUCCAGCCUCAGCAUAAGGAUCUGCCUUCUGGCUGUGGCGUGCCUCAUUUAUCCUCUGAUGAUGUUUUCUUUCAAAGAGAUGACAGAGUGGAUCCAGGAUUAUGCUCAGAGCUUGAGGGAGAAAUCUGAGGAUCUGAAACGCCAGAGGAAGCUAGCUGAAGAUCUGCUGCACCAAAUGCUGCCAAAAUCAGUCGCCAAGCAGCUCAGGAAGCGUAAGCAGGUUGAAGCCGAAAGCUAUGAAAGGGUCACCAUAUUUUUCUCAGAUAUCGUGGGCUUCACAUCUAUCUCAGCAUCUUGCACCCCUCUGCAGGUGGUGGAGAUGCUCAACAACCUGUACAUGUGCUUUGACACUCGCAUUGAUUCCUACGAUGUCUACAAGGUGGAGACAAUCGGAGACGCCUACAUGGUGGUGAGCGGUCUACCUGAGAGAAACGGUGACAAACACGCAGAUGAGAUUGCCAAGAUGGCACUGGACCUGUUGGCGGCGGUCAGGCAGGUGUCCAUCCCUCAUAUGCCCAACGAGAGGCUGCAGCUCCGAGCUGGCAUUCACACAGGUCCAUGUGUGGCUGGGAUUGUGGGCUACAAGAUGCCGAGAUACUGUUUGUUUGGAGAUACGGUCAACACUGCCUCAAGGAUGGAGUCCACCAGCCUGCCCCAGAAAAUCCACACCAGUUCAGAAACCUAUUUGGCUUUGAUGAAGGACAACGCCUAUGAGCUGCAGCUACGUGGAGAGAUCGAGGUCAAGGGUAAAGGCAAAAUGAAUACAUAUUGGCUUGUUGGCCAUAAAAGCUACAGCGUGCAGAACGACAGUCUGGUUUGUAACUGGAAUCCCAACAUGGCCAGAAAGAAGAAGACAGUGGCUGGGAGUCAGGCCUCUGUAGGGAACGCCCUCGGAUCCCCACCAGCAGAGGACCAGUGCAGUGCCUUGCCCAAGGGCACAACAACAGAGGCAGGUGGAGUAGGGAGCAAAGCGUCACCACCGUCACCCACAUAUAGCUUUAAGAAACUGAAUUUGUGA